AUCACUUCAGAACAAUACUGUAUAGGCAUUCUGAUUGAAAAGUGGAAUUUAUUCUCAUCUCAAAUGGAAAGAUAUAAAUCAGCAUGUCGAACAACACUAAACUCAUGUUUAUUCCAAUUCCCUCUCCUAGACGACCAACAAUGCCAUCGACGACAGGUUCUAUUCGAUCGCUUGGGACAUCAAGGGGAGGAAGUAUGAGCAAGAGUGGGGAUUUUACGUCUCUGAGAACCGAUGAUAAGAGGAAAGAUGGCAAUAUUCCUGUUCGGCCGGCGUUGUGUCUCAAAGAUAUCACGAAAUUCGAUUUGAUGAGUCCAGUUGCAGUACAGCAACUGACCGGAAAUUUCCAAUCUUCCUUUCCCACGAUCACUGGGAAAGAGACGAGGAACAUCAAAAUGUUGAACUUACAAUUGCCAAAGAAUCCUUACGCAACUUUGCCUCGACUAGCACUGACUAAAAGGGAUGAUUGUAGAGACGUGGUACAGACGUCGAGUUUCACGCAUGGACUGACGAGAUCGCAUUCCGAACUGUCGCACUACAGAACGCGCGAUUCGCACCGCGCGUUACUGCAAGACAGACCGCACACCGAGAGCAGGCUUACGCGCAGGGCAAAACAUGGUGGACCAGUGUUUUUCUCGAGCAGAGCGAGUACCAUACCGGAGGAAAGCAGAGCACCUGUUGAUUCCGAAGUGUCGUCAACCUCCGGGGGCAUUAAGGAAACCGAGAAAAUAAACAAUCGUUUGGGAGAAUACCCUUUACAAACCGUUGAAUCGGGUACUUUUAAAGAUCUGGCCCCACUCCGUAGAGCGAAGAUGCGGUCUCGGACCAAACCGACUGCAUUCGGUUCUAAAAGAAUGCGGUCGGGCCAUGCGAACACGGCUGAAAAGGUGGCGAAUCUGGCAAUGAGUGCAUACACAGAGGUACACGCUAACAAUGGUGAAAUAAAUGGUCAGGUUUGGGGAGGAGAGAGUCCGGCGAGGAAUACACCCGAUGGAUCAAGACUAGUUCGUUUUAACACACAAAAUGACGUCUUUGAAUAUACUCCUGGUCAAUGUUUAAGGUGAAUGAUGGACAAUUCCGUCCAAAAUGUUUAGUAAGGUUUCUUCUCCAAAAUAUUGGGGUUUUUUUAAAUAAUAAAUAAUAUAGGAUUCGUAUAGCGCAUAUGUCCACCUUGUUAGGUGCUCAUGGCGCUCCUAUAGAAGUUCCCAUUUCAGAAGUUUUACCCAGAUGACAUAUCUUUGGGAAUUGUUUACCCAACAGUGAUGUGUCUUUUGUUCUCACCGAACACAAAGUGUUUUUCGUAGAGAUGUAGUUGUAAUUCUUCAUUAUUGUCUUCAACUGUGUUCUCUUCAUCAACCCGGUCAGUCAUUAUUCACACAGAAGCCUAACAUGCACAUGUGCACCGAGAUUGUGAGAUAAUUCAGAGCCAGAAAUAAGCGGCAUAAUAAAAACUUGAGUACACAUUAUGAUAGGUGUCGGGUUGAUUAGGCGGGACGAGAAGUUAGAAACCUAAAGGUGUUGAGAACAUACACAAUAAUAAGAUUCCGUAUCUCAUGUUGUCGAUUACAGAAUGCAAGAUACGGUAUCUCAGAUGCCGUAUUUCAUCAAUUAGACUUGAAUAAAUAAAAUAACAAAAUUUCCCAUCUCCCCGUGUCAACUUGGUGAUGACUAAAUGACAAGAAUAUAAGAUGUGGUUUCUACUCCUACUCAAGUCGACAUCAUGGGAACGAGAAUAAACAAAAUGACUAGAUGAUGAACCUUCUCAAGUUGUCUUUAUAAGUAUUAGUACACGAGAUGACGUAACUCCAUAAAAAAAUAGAUGAUAAAAUGUCGUAUCCCCUCAAGUCGAUUUGAUGAUGAAUUAAGUAUGAGAUGACAAUGUAUCUCGUCUUCUUAAGUCGAUUUGAUGAAAACAAGAAGACAAGAUUCCAAGAUGCUGUAUCUCGCCAAGUCGAUUGGAAGAAGACGAGAGGGUGGGAUACCACAUCUCCUUAAGAUGACUUGAUGUUGACGAUUACGAUAGGUCGAGUUGAAGACAAACCGUAUGUCGACGAAUCGAUUCCAUGACAAAAAGACGAAACGACUGGCAGGGGGACUGGAUGAAGUGCUCCCUAAUCAGAAAUUUUAACUUAGUCAUUAAAGUGCUAAAUAUUCAAUUAGAAAUUAAGGAGAUAAAUUAUGCCAGCUUUUCGAACUGUUAAAAGCUGAGUAUUUCUUUUGUUUGGGACGUUCUCAUGUCUAUGAAGUUAUUAAUUAUAUUCUCAUCCAAUUUGUUCUGAGUUUCAAUAUAGCUAUUGUGUCCAUGUGCAUUCUGCAAAUACUGUCAUUCCAUACUGCACCAGAUCAAGCGAAAAGUCAAGGGAAAUACAGAACUUGAAUCUCUGGAAGCAUUUUGUUUGCUUUAUUCAUGAAUGAUUCGUUUUAUUUUGCUUUAUAGUAUCACCAAAUUUGACUUAUUUUUUAAAGUAAUUUUUCGAGUAAAUGACAAAUGUGUACUUUUCUUUUACGAUUUACUCUACAACAUGUGCCAUUUUUAAUACUUAUUUCUUUGCAUGCUUGCCAAACAUUUCAUUAUAUAUUUUUCAAUGGUUUGAUAUUCUUAUAUUUCAAUAAUGAUAGAAUGAUAUUAUGUUCUAUCUGAUGUCAUUAAAUU